AUGGACGUUAAACAGGCUCCUCAUGUUGAGACGCCUGUCGAGGAGAGCAGCUCGGACGCGUCGAAUCCGAGUGAGACCCCAGUUAAACAGUCAUUAUGGAGGCGAUUUCUUGGCCUGAUUUGGGAUACAUUCGAGGGUGAUCCCGAGGAAAGGCGGUUUGUUCGCAAAGUGGAUUACUUUUUGUUUUCUUAUGUGAUGCUGGGAUACUUCAUCAAGUACCUGGACCAGCAGAAUUACUCAAAUGCAUUUGUCAGUGGAAUGCAAGAAGAUCUGGAAAUGUACGGCAACGAGCGAAACUUGUUGGUCACAUACUUCAACAUCGGUAUUAUACUGGGCACUAUUCCCUCGCAGCUGAUUCAACUCCAAUACGUCCGACCGUCGAUAUGGAUACCUAGUUGCGAGUUGGCCUGGUCCUUCCUUGUGAUGGCCAUGGCUGGGGCGAAGAACUCCCAAACGUUAUAUGCACUGCGCUUCUUUGUGGGCCUGCUCGAGUCAUGCAGUUUCCCCGGAUACGCAGCCCUGCUAGGGAGCUGGUACGGCCCAACGCAGCUGGCCAAGCGGGUGGCAUUGUUCGAGCAGUCCAGUGCAAUAGCCAGCAUGUUCAGCGGAUACCUUCAAGCCGCUUUAUAUACGGGCAUGAAUGGGAAGUCCGGGUUAAAAGGAUGGCAGUGGCUGUUUAUUUUCGACGCGAUCAUCUCCAUCCCGAUUGCUGUCUGGGGGUAUUUUGCUAUUCCGGAUCAUCCAAGUACAACGAGGGCGUUCUGGUUGAAGAAACAGGACCGCGAAUUCGGCGUCCAGAGAGAAGCUAACAUGGGCCGUGCUCCGUCUGCCAAGUUAACGUGGAAGAAACUACGCAAGAUAUACACCGGAUGGCAUCUGUGGGCAUUUAUCUUCCCCUACCUAAUGGUCGCCCAGGCAGGCCAAGGCUCAGGCUUCUUCAACCUCUGGCUAAAAGACCAAGGCUACUCGACCGCACAAGUAAACACAAUCCCCACAGCUGGUAACGCAAUCAGCGUCAUAGCAUCUCUGUUCUUCGGCACAAUAGCCGAUCGCACAGGAACGCGGAAACAGACCUCUGCUGUUGUUUGUAUCAUCGUCAUCGUGGCGAACAUCAUGCUUUCGGUGUGGGAUAUCCCCAGGCCAGCGCUGCUGUUUGCCUUCUUCUUGUCGUUUGUUUCUGCUGCCGCGCAGCCACUGAUUAUUGCUUGGGGCCAGGAAGUGACCCAAGACAACGCGGAAUUACGGCAGCUGCUGGUGGCAACUGGGAACAUCUUCACGUAUACAUUCAUGGCGUGGGUCCCUCUCGUGGCAUUUCCAACGUACGAUGCGCCGCAUUAUAAAUACGGCUACCAGAUCUUGAUUAUGUUUGGAGGCCUUGCCAUUAUUGGUGUUUACCUUUUUGGGUGGCUGGACGAGUGGGAUAGGAAGAAACGAGCUGCUAGGGCUUCGACGAGGGACGAUUCACGAAGGGAAGAUGAUGUUGUAGAUGAAGUGAAUCCUUGAGGAUUAGCAUGAUAUUACGAGGUCUGGGAUUGUACCUGGUCCAUGCAAGGAGAACUAGGGUAGACCUUUCUGAUACUUGGUAGUUAGACGUCUCUGUUCAGAUAUUUUAUUCAC